UUUCCAUAAAAUGAGCUCUUACGUCGCCAACUCGUUUUACAAGCAAACCCACGAGUCGUCUGCCUACACCAUGCACAGUUUUGGCAGCUAUGGAUCGCUCUCCGAGAUCCAUCCGUCCAGUUUUUGUUACGGCGGGCUUGAUCUCAGCGGAACCUUCACUUCUCCUGCCUCCUCCAACUCCCUGAAACGGGAAGAGAUGAGCUCGACCCUGCGUGGCAGCCCGGACGCUCCGCCACCUUCGCGGUCGCAGGCGUGCUCAGCCCUCUCCCUCGGGCACCCCGCGAACGAGCAGCGCCCUCACACUCAGGGGCUUUUCAGUCAAAAAAACCAGGGAGACACGGAGCUGGCUACAGAGAGCAAGCCCAGCGGCAAGAACAGGGCAAGCGACGUCAAAGUUGAAACCACGCAAACCGUCCAGCCAGUAACACAACAAAACAGUUCGAGCCAGUCUCAGAACAACCGCCAGCAACCACCGAUAUAUCCGUGGAUGACAAAGCUACACAUGAGUCACGAAUCUGACGGUAAACGGUCGCGGACCAGUUACACCCGCUACCAGACUCUGGAGCUGGAGAAAGAGUUUCAUUUCAACCGGUACCUGACCCGUCGCAGGCGUAUCGAGAUCGCGAAUAGCCUCUGUCUGAACGAGAGGCAAAUUAAAAUCUGGUUCCAGAACCGUCGCAUGAAAUGGAAGAAAGACUCAAAGAUGAAAGUUAAAGAAGCCGUUUAGAGCGCCGAAAGGAUUGCACGGGCUUCAAAGCCAGCUGUUAGAAGAAGGAGUGAGGGGGGAUGAAACUGUCAACGAAGCGCCAAGACGUUAAAAAACUCACUUUCAGCACCAGCCCUUUGCGCUGAGCAGUCAGUAACGACAUAUUCUCCAUGUUUUUGGAAUGUUUAUGUGUAAAUUAUGACUAUGUAUAGCCUUCGUGUAUAAUUUUAUUAAUGUCAUUACUAUUUGAAAUCUACUUGCAGUUAUUUUGUGUCUUGAAAAUGUGAUACUCAAUGAUAUGAGUCGAAUAUAUAUAUAAGACGGAGCCGUUACUUUCUCUAGACAAAGGUCACCCCUCCCCUACUCAUCAAAGCGAGAAAGGAAACAUGUGCGAUUUCGCUCUAAAUAUUAUAAUGUAUAAAGUUUGCCAUAAUUUUCAUUAUAAGUAAGUAGAUUUUCAGAAUACAGUCCCAUGUUGUGAACACCCUGCGUCCUACUGAAUGCUCCUAGGGAGAGCCUAGCGGAAAUCAAUGUAUUUUGGCUACAUGGAAAACUAUAUUUCAACUGUAAUCUAUCAAGUAUUCAGCUUAGAACAGGCCUACUAUUCUAACGCGCUUAUAUGUUUUUACAUGCAUGUUUUGCAUUAUUUUUUUGUUGUUUUUUUUGUUGGUAAUUUAGUCAACAAGUUAGCUUCUCUAAUCUGGUAAACUCGGCAUUUCCGUACGAGUAGACGCAUUGAAAUGCCCCAUUUCUUAGCUUGCUUCUCAAUUUGGAAAAAGUGGCUAUAAAAUACUACAGCAAAUUCUGAAUGCAUACAUCCCCUUCCCAUUGUAGCUACUCUGGCCUUAACAGGCCACGCCUAAACAACUCAGGGCGGAUGUGAAUCACUUUCGUUUGGUCUUCUGCGCUCACAAAUUCAAAUGAUGGGCAAUGUCUUUUAUCGUUUUUAUUCUGUAUGAUACAACUUUUUGAAGUAACUAAUAAACUAUGGUACUCCAAGCUCUACUCCCUCUUGCGGGGUUGCAUAUAGGCUGAAAUAAAGUUAAUCUUAGAAGUUACAUACUUGAACCAAGGAAAUUAUAUAUAGGCCUAAGCCUAAACCUAAGCAUUAGGUUUGGUUAUAUGGGAAACACAUAGGCAUAGGCCGACAACUAAUAAAAAUUAAUUCGAUUUCACUGAUUACUGAUGAACAGUUUAUUUUGCUGUUGUUGUUGUUGUUGUUGUUGUUGUUUUUUGUCCCAGAAACGUUUUUUUAAUGUUCCCUUUACGUUGUCUACAAUUAAAUAUCAUACAGCCAGUCCUCAUUAAUCUAAUCACUGCAACGCUGUCAUAACUAAAUGGCCAAGGCGCCUGUAGCUUGGCUUGAACACGUUAAAUUGUGCCUAAAGUACCACUGUUUUUCGUGUGUUGUUGUUUGUUAACUCUUUGCUUGUGUCUGACAUCCAGAUAUUCCAUGUCCCAGCUAUAAAGACAUGCUAACUUUAUUGGCUAAUGCUCUAACGAUGGGGCCAAUCGAAAGUUCAGGAAGUUGUAGUCUAGGCCGUGCCAAUAAUGGCUAAGUGUACAACUACACGUAGGCUACGACAAAGCAGCAACGUGGCUAAAUGUGUUUUAGUAAAAUAAACACUGUCGAUAGUUGACAAAAUAUGAGGCGUCAGCACUAAACAUUAAGGACAUGUGCAUAAGACGUCCUAUACCUUGGGCUAAUCAUGAGAACGAGUGUUUCCUUUGAGAUCGCAUUGGAUCGUGUUCUUUUUGUUACAUGCGACCUAUAUAAGCAGCCGCAUCUUAAAAUCUGAAUAAAAAUUACAUUGGAAUGGACUGGGUCAAGCCAGUAUGCUACAGUAUAGCUGUACCUAAGUGUCAUCACAAUUGACUCCAACUGAACCGUAUGGAAAAAGCAUGUUGGAAGGAACCAUAAGUGAGUUCAAAUUUGUAUAUUUGUGUAUUCCAGAAUAAAAUAUACAGUAUUAAGAUGCC